AUGUUCGUCGCCAUUGGGCUUCUUUUCCUUUCUCAUUUGAUGGCUGUGUCACUAGCAGCCUGCUGUGAUGCGCAGUACUUGAGCAGCAAUGGCCAAUGGAUCUGCGGAGAUGGUACCGUGGCUACUCCCUGCUGUGGAAAAGGCCCAUGCGAUGCCUUCUGCUGCAAUUGUGAUUGCCGAUCUCCGAGCUCCAGGAAGCGAGACCUACCGUUUCUAAUGGAGCGGGCUGAACAAGUCGACAGUCUGUUCCAGUCAGUCGACGCCGACGGUUCAGGCGACUUGGAUUUGGGAGAGUAUAUUGCAUGGGUGACUGAGCAUCUGGGCCGCGAACAUCCAGUAUCGCCCAGCUUGUACCAAGCCUACAUCGACCAUUUUUAUUCGUUUGAUAUGGAUAAGAAUAGCAAGCUUGAUCUAGGUGAGGUUCGGGCUACAAAAUAA